AAAUUUUCACUCUAUGUCCCAAAAUAAAUGUCAAAUUUGUCAAAAGUAAGCAAAGCACAUUGGGGUUAUUGUUCGUUUUUUUAACCAAUUUUAGCGUUUAACUUGUAUCUUUUCACGUAAUUAAGAUAUUUAGUUGAAGUGUUCUAUUGUGCAAUUUGAACAAUGGAGGUUUUCAUUUGAUUUGGUGUCUUAAUUCUAUGGAAUACGUUUGCAUACCACAGAAGCCAAAUAACAGUAUCCACAGUUGAGAAGUAUGUGUAGAGAUGAAGAGAUGUGACGCGUGCCGUGUCCGUUCAGAACGGAGGACGGAGGAGAGAGCGGACACCAGUGGAGACAGGGACCCGCUCAUUGACACAACAACUGUCUCUCAGGAGGACAAUUACGAUAACCAAAAUUUAUCGUGCGGCAUCUGCGCAAUGUUUCCGUCGUGCAUGUCGCUGCUCUCGCGGCGGGGGGAGCAGCGGGCGCCCCGGCCUGGCCAGGCGGCGGUCGUGCUCAACGUCUACGACAUGUACUGGACGAACUGGUACACGGCAGGUGCGGGGGUUGGCGUGUUCCACAGCGGAGUUCAAGUCCACGGCUCGGAGUGGGCAUACGGCGGUCAUCCGUAUGCCUUCACCGGUGUCUUCGAGAUCACACCCAGAGACGAGCGGGAGUUAGGCGAACAGUUCCGAUUCAGACAAAGUGUGCACAUAGGUUAUACGGACUUCAGCGAAGAGGAAGUCAGACGGUUGGUAGCAGAAUUAGGCAAGCAGUUCCGCGGUGACAGGUAUCACCUAAUGAAUAACAACUGCAAUCAUUUCACGUCGGCGUUCUGUUUGGCGCUAUGCGACCACGACAUCCCGGCGUGGGUGAACCGGCUCGCGUACGUGAGCUCGUGCGUGCCCUUCCUGCAGCGGUGUCUGCCCAAAAUAGAGAGUGGCUGACCCCGGCAGCGCUGCAGCAGUCGCUGGCGGCGCACUCGCGCUCCUCCUCGCCGCAGACGCCGCAAUAGCUAAAAUAUGUACUGCACUGUUGCAGUUAAGCAGUCAGAAGUGUUGUGCGAACUAAUACAUACUAGAGUUAAAGUUAGCUAGUACUUGGUUUGGCGCAUUGUCGAUAAAUACUAGAGAGGCGGGCCGCGCGACGUUCAACAAUGUUUUAGUCGAUUUUGUCUAUGAAUCCAAAAAUCGACUAAUCGUACAAACUAAAUUGUUUAAAAACGACUUCGACGCGGCUCUGGCCUUUACAUUAUAUUAAUCUAAUUAUAGUUCUCUUGUAACGUUAGUAAAAACCGAGAUAAUCAGUCAAAAAGAUGUCAAUGACUCACUCAGUUUUUAUUAACAUUUGCAGUAGUGUUGUCCCCGUUUUAAGAGUUCCUAUUUUGAAAUGGGACCUUAUUUAUAUUUAAAACUUUGACUUCUGAAGGAAUUGAGCAUUUACAUAAUUUUGUUUUAAGUAAUUAUGUGAAUGAUAAUAUAUUUCUUCAAUGCUAAGUAUCUCUAAAUUGAUUCUAUUUCUUUGUAUAUUAGGACAAAAGACAAAAGAUUUUUAUAAUACUUGAUGUGUUUAGUUAAGGUUAUAUUAGCCAACAUUUUAUUUAUAAAUAAAUUUAGAUUUUCAUAAUCAUCACGUAAAUUAUAUUCAUUUCAUUUUAAUAUAAUCAUUUUCAGGCAUUUCUUUUACUGAAUAAAAAUAGGAAUAUUGGUUUUCUUAUUUUGUCGUUGGUAAUGUAAAGAUGGCGGAUGUGUGAGUAUGUGUGUGUGUGUUGACAUAAAUAUACGUAGAUCAUUGUAGUCCGUCCGUCAGCUAAUUAAAACAGGCGUGAUUCUUAAAAAUUAAUACUAAGUGCGUUUUCUAUCUAUUUUUUUAAGUCGCGUUUUGCAAAGGGUGGGAAAAUACAAUUUAUAUUUCAAUUUUAACGGAAACCAUAGUUUAAACGGAGAUAUUAUUUAGUCAAAAAGUGAAAUAUUGACUAAAAAGAAAUCUUAAAUGAACAAAAUUAUGUUUUAUCGAUGUUUAUAUUUGUUGUUUUAACAAAAUAAUAUUUAGUGCAGUAUUCACCUGAAGGAGCACUUUUCCCAAAAUAUUCGCCAAAGAAAAAAUCACUCCGCCGUUUGUGGGACGCGAAAAAAUUACUGAACUAAAAAAUUAAGUACCUAUAUCUUGUUACUGUUUUUAAAGAAAAUCGUUUGGGAAUUUAGUAUAAUCAUGAAAAAUAAUUUAAAUAUUAAAUGUAUAAGUAUAAAUGUGUCUAGAGUUGUUCCAUGUGUCACGUCAUAGACAAGUAGACGUCAUGUGGGGAUGAGCCUUUCAACUCUACGUUUAUAUUGUACAUUUUUAACUAUUAUCUUGCUUUUUGAAUUACAAUUUUGGGUCCGUAUUACAGAUGAGAAAUAAGACACAUUAAUAUUUUUUUAAAGUAAUUAAAUUAUUUUCAAGCAUCGUGGGCUUACAGGUUAUUUAAUUAGAUAAAAACAAUGAAAUAUUUAAUUACUUUUCUUCUAUAUUAAGCCAUUUGGUUUCUCAAUAACAGAAGUUAUGGAUAUGGUCGUACAAAGUUAUGUAAUACGGACCACAGACAACCAUAAAUAUUUCAAUUAACUUAUUAUAGUUCGCUGGUUUUUACUUAUAAAAUAUAACUAUAGUUUUACAAGUCAAAUAAUUUCAGUUUUCUUUACAAAGUGCAUGAACUUAUUUUAUUACAUUUUAUUACAUAGAUAACUCGGUUCAUUCAUUAAUAUUACUAAUUAUUCUUAAUUUGCAAAGCCGUGACGUGUCAGGAUAUAAUCAAAGUGCACUUAGAUAUCGUGCAUUUACUGGUUUAAUUAGACUUAAUGGAUUUAAUGUGUUAAUUGUAAGAGUUCCUCUAUACAGGAUCGCACUCAAGGGUGUUGCCAGACGAGAAAUACAUUCAUUUGUCUUUCAAAAAGGAGGAUUUAUUUUAACGACGUAAUUUUUUAAUGACACGAAAAAUAUCUAGAUUUUUUGGCUGUGGUUUUCUAAAGAAAUAUGUUUAAACGUAAAUUCAGUAAUUGAGUUUGAAAUGUGUUGUGUAUGCUCGUUUGGUUUCACCCUUAUUGACUUAUUGAAAUACGCUUUAUAUGAAAACGAUCCACAGAUCGUAAUCCUAACUAAUAUUAUAAACAGCGAAAUUGUCGUUUCUAUGGUAACGGUUAUACGCUCAUUUUGGCGUCAGUUCAUUGUGAUCUUGAUCACUUAUACACUGGGUUACAUUAUGGAUUAGAGAAAAAAAAUACCUAUACUUUGUCUCAGGCUCAGUCUGCUGUCGAGGACGCUUUUACGAAAUAAAAGUGAAUACUUCAACUUGUAACGGGAACUGGGGGUGAUAAAUAUACUAGUGGAAGCAUUCACCAUUAGGUCAGUCCAUCAAAUAAUAAUUAUUAUAAUCAGCCGUAUUAAGGCCUCACACUGAACUGAUACUAGAAUGAACGUGUAAACACCGCCUUACGAAGCAACGGCAGAACAGAGUUAGAUGAAAUAGGUCCUAAUUAACCAUAGCUAUAUGAAUGAUACUAAUCCUUUGUAGAAAAUUUUAAAUUACCAUUAUAAAUUAUUUUAAAAUGGCAUUUUCCCUUGGUUGCAUAUUCUAUUUAUUGCAUUUAAAAUUAAACAACUUUUUUGGUAUUUAUUAGUGUUGCUGUCAUCUUUAAAAACGUUAGAUUUAACUAGAAGGAGAUAGCAACAUCGAUAGUUUUGUUUACUUUAUCGACAUUAGAGAUUGUGCUUACUCUUAGAAGAAUGUUGAAAUUUUAAAUUUCAAAACUUGAAUGUUAUUUUUACGAUUACUGUUCCUUUUUUUUGAUAAAAUGAAUUAUUAUAGAUUUUUAAAUUAUUUCCUGUAUAACCCAAAACUAGACACCAUUUUAUCUGAAAGGCGAAAGAUUAGGAGUAUUUGUGUACUAAUUCAUAACUAAAAUUAAGCAUAGUUUGAUCCUGAUAAUUUCACAAAAGUGCCAUUGAUAUGAUAAUGGGAAUUAAUUAAAUUAAUUUACUAACUAUAAAUUAUUUUUUCGCUGCCAUUUUUAGUUUUGAAAGGAUCUUAGAAAUAGACAAGGUUUCUUAGUAAAAUAGGGUUAUUGGCUUGAAAUAUUCAAUAUGAGCGAAACAUGAUUAUUAUAAUGUUAACCGAAAUUUUUCAAACUGUGUACUUGACAAUGCGCCAACGAAUAACGUAUUUCAAAUGGAAACACUUGUGUACGAUAUUUAGAUUUUUUUCUCUGGAGAUAUUUGGUAUGAAGAAAAUUUUUUUUUUUUUUUUACAAUCAUAACAUUGCAAAGUUAAAUCUUUUUACGGUUACACUAGCAGGCUGUGACGGAAUGUGGCAUGGCGGUAAUUAAAACCAUGUUUUUUUUUUCGUAUUUGAAGUUAUCGUACGUCGUGUCGUCUAGUUGAAAUACGUGUGUAUCGUGUGUAAGUAUCGGACUACACAAUAAUGUGCCACUUCUCACCUCAGUGUUUCAAAUUAUGACGUUUUUACAAGUUACGACUAGUUAGGGUAUAAUAUGUGAAGUCGCGGGACCGCCCUGUCUACUACAAGCUUAUCUAGAGUUUUUACGAAUAGCUUGCUAUGUCUAUAAGUUAUUUAAACAUUUUAAAUAGUUUACUCACUUUUUGUACCACCUCUAAAGCAAAUUAUUGACUUAAUUUGCGGAUAUAUCUCUAUUAAUAUCUAUAUAAAAUACUUUUUCGUUUAAUUCUUCUUGUCUUUGAACUUUUACCUAGUUUUUAUAACAAGAUAUUUUUAAAGUUUACAAGCAGUUCCUAUAGCUCAUGACAUCCUAACUAAUAUUAUAAAUGAGAAAGUAACUCUGUCUGUCUGUCUGUCUGUCUUUUCUUCACGCCUAAACUACUGAAUCGAUUUGUGUGAAAUUUGGUACAGAUAUAGUUUGAAACUUUAGAAAGGACUUAGGAUAGUUUUUAUUACAAAAAAAUAUAAAAAUAAAAUUUAUUCCGGACAUAUAGCGCCACCUAUUGGUCAAACCAAAAAUCUACCUUAAGUUACUAUUCCACGCGAAAGAAGUCGCGGGCAAAAGCUAGUUGUCUAAAUAUUUUUUAACACCGUGUGUAAGUCAGGGCGUUUCCGCGACUAAAAAUACUGUAGGUUCUGAUCUAUAAAUAUAAUAUGCAAAUAAAAGAGUUAAACUGUUGAAUAACACUAUAAAAUAUUACUGUUUAAUGUAUGGUGAACAAGUAUGGUAUGUCAAUAUUUUCUUUUUUGUUGUAAGGUGAAUUUUACUUGCGUGAGAAAACUGUAAAAUAGACUAAACGCACCUUAUUUUAAAUAUUCUCAGUUUCUGUGAGUGCGAUGUAAUUGUAAAAAACUGAACUGAAUUCAUGGAUUUUUGCUUUCAUUACUACAUUCCUCUCUGUGUACUGUCUCCAAUUGUUCUCUAAAAAUGACUCAAUAUAUAGACUUGGUAAAUAACCUCUUUACGUGCGAUUACUGAACAGUUUGUGUCACAUUUUCAACUCAAUACAUACAAAACUGAGCUUGUUAGUUAUUUACCAAAGUUUAUUCUAGUUAUACUUACUUACGGCCAGUUUCUUCAUCAAAAGUUAAAGUUAAAGUUAUGGCUAAAGUAAUGUCUAAAGUAAAAGUAACGGUUAAAUUCAAUUUUUCUAUUAGUUUUGCUGUCACUUUAGCCUUGAAAAAACGAAUUUGACCGUUACUUUUACUUUAGACAUUAACUUUAACUUUUGAUGAAGAUACUGGCCGUUAGUGUUUGCAUUUAUUUGACUUUGUGUUGUGCAUGUGUGUAUAUUAUUUGUACCUAAUCGUAGGCCAUAUUUUUAGCUUAUUAUUAUACUAUUUUAUGUAACGCGUUUAUUCCUCGAAAAGGUAUACUUUUGAAAUGUUUGUACAAUUUAUUUCUAGUUAUGAUAACUAUGUAGUUGCGAGUUGAAUUUCAAUUUGAUGUUAGUCUUGAGUGUGGGAUAAAGUCUCUAUUUUUAUUAUGAUGUGGUAACUGAGGAUGUAACGAACUAAUCUAGAUGUUAAAUAAUAUAACACUGUUACAUACAAGUAAAUCAAUGUACUAUAUUCUAUUCGGUGUAUCGGAAACGUUGUGGAUAUUUUCCGAUCACUGAAUGGCGAUAUUUAACGGUUUUUCACAAUAUUGUCAGAUUCAAGUUUGGCAAUAGUAUAAUUUUUGAAUGAAUAAACUGUGUAAAAAGUUUGCAA